ACUGCUCACAUCUUGCUUCCAUCAUGGCUACCCCCCAGCCCCUUCUCACUGACCUGCAUGUGAAGUACAUCCAACGUCUGGGGAAGAGUAAAGAUGAUCUCGCGUACCAUCUCACUGCCCAUCUGCGGCUAAAUGCGAUCUACUGGGGCUUGACUGCGCUAUGUGUAAUGGGGAAGCCGGACGCGCUGGAAAGGGAUGAGCUUAUUGAGUUCGUCUUGUCAUGUUGGGAUGAGGAAGCAGGCGCGCUUGGCGCACAUCCGGACCACGACGCGCACAUGCUCUCGACCUUGAGCGGGAUACAGAUCCUGCUCGAGCUAGACGCGAUAGGAAGACUCGACGUCGACCGCGUCGUCAAAUUCAUCCUCUCCCUACAACAACCGUCCGGUGUCUUCGCUGGCGACCGCUUCGGCGAGAUUGACACGCGCUUCACAUACUGUGCCAUCAACGCCCUCUCCCUUCUGGGCCGCUUGGGCGACUGGCCUGAAGAGGCGCGCAAGCGCACUAUCAACUACAUCCGCGAGUGCCACAACUACGAUGGGGGAUUCGGCAACGUCGUCGGCGCCGAGAGCCAUGCUGCGCAGGUGUUCGUCUGCAUGGCGGCGUUGACAAUCUUGGACGCAGUGGACGAAGUGCUGUCACCAGACGAUCAGGAGACGGUGUCCUUCUGGUUGAGCGAGCGACAGCUGCCGAACGGUGGUCUGAACGGCCGACCAGAGAAGCUCGAGGACGUUUGUUACUCGUUCUGGGUACUCUCUGCCCUCGCCAUCCUCAACAAGCUGGAAUGGAUCGACCGGGAUAAGCUCGUUUCGUUUAUCUUGAGCGCGCAGGACACAACGAAGGGUGGAAUUGCAGAUAGACCCGAAGACGAGCCCGAUGUGUUCCACACGCAGUUCGGCGUCGCUGGCCUUUCUCUCCUUGGCUACCCCGGGCUUGCAGACCUCGACCCAGUAUACUGCAUGCCUGCCGCGCUGAUUGAGAAGAUGGGCCUCCGGAAGCGCUGGAAGGCAUUGCCUCGUCAAUCCACCGCUUAG